AUGAACGAGCAUUUCCCGCCGGAUGACACCGCGCCCGGUCACGACUCCCCCUAUCUGGCCCCACAACAACACGACCCCAACUCCUUCGAACCCCUCUACAAUCGACACACCCAGCAAAACCCAGCAACUCACAACAGUUGGGGUCAUUCCAUGGACAGCCGAUCCAUCGACGGGGCAGGCGAUUUCGGCCUGUCGGAUGACCCAGCCGGGACCCUCGGCCGGGAGGACUAUCAGAUGACGGGCCUGGACUCCAACAACCGCCUCACAACUGGUGCUCCGGCGUCUUUAGCACAGUCCUACGGCGGGCAGAAUCACUACCAGGGUCACGGCGCCAGGCCAAUGGAUCGAUUGGGGACUGGACUCGCUUCCGGCCAGCAGCAGCAAGGGAUGUCUGCCGGGAUGACUAAUCGCUACACUCCCCAUGGGCCUAACCGGUCUCACCACCCAGGGGGUUCCCAACCUCCGCAUACCCAAGGCGUGCCCCCUGACGGCUCAUCAAAUCGACAAUUCCCUGCGGGCGAGGCUGACCAACAACAGACCGUGCUCAACCAAUCAACACACCCUCCGGUGGAGCUCCCGUUGAACGUCGUUACAGGUCCGAGGUCCUCAGGGCCGGUGCUGGCUAACGGCGGUGUUCGAACUCGCAAGCCCAAGCGGACGCCUGAACAGAUGCGCCUGGCCGAAGUGAUUGCCGCCGAGAAACGGGCGCGGAAGUUUCAGCAACAGGCGGAUAAGGCCGCCGAUGCUCGGCAGAAGCAAGCGACAAACGCAGCAAAGAAGAUGCUCAAGGCGCAUGAUGCGGCAAAUGCAACCCCUCGUCCGACUUGGAGCGAGGAACAGACAAUCGAACUGUUGAAUUUCGUUCGUAUGGUCAAGGAGGACCACAGUCAAACUCGAGUGACCGGUGGGUUCAUCCCGUUUGGGAAGUACUUUGCCAGUUAUACCGGCCGGGAAGAGGCUUUCCCAUUGCUGCUGUCGAUCUCCAACGCAACUCGUCUGGCCCGAUAUCGCGCGGUGAUGGACAAGUGGAAGAAAGUCAAAGAUUGUGUGGACCGAUCGGGUGCCGCUGGGUUAUCAUGGGCAUUGGAUAACUUCAAAUUGUCACAGGAGAUAUGGGACUUGAUCUUAGAUAUGCAUGGGGAUAAUCCGGCAGCCACUGGUGAGGGCUUGUGCUCCUCUCUGGAUGAUUACGAGUCGCUUUUACAUGAGUCAGGCGCCCUGUUGGCCUCCUCCGAACGGUCAGGCUCCUCCGACGGGGAUGACUCAGACGGCCCAUUGGGCACGCCCGGGCCACCGAAGAAGCGGAAGACCAAGUACGAUCGGCUGUGCGAGGGACUCACACCUGCGGAAUUGGCCCUGGACAUGGAUUCGGAUGCCGAUGCCGACUUGCCCAAGGAACUCGUCCUGGGGCCUUCGACGACUGCGUCGGGGUCAGCCACUCCUGGUAGGGCUACCCCAUCGGUGGUUACGCCGGCCACACCUCUCGCGGCUCCGGUUGUACCAGCGCCCGGUGGGGCCCAGCGGGUCAAAAACAGCAAGACAAAGCCUAAGAGCAGCGCGGCCAACACGCCUGUUAGCCGGCCACCAACGGACGGUGGCAGUAUUCCCCGGCGCCGCGGUUGGGUUGAGGAUAAGCCAAGGGAGGACGACUCAACGGCUAAUGGCAUGCUUAUGAUGAUGCAUCGGUCCCAAGAGUCGUCGGCGGCGUGGGCGGUCGAUGAGCGCAAGCUGGCAAUGGAGGAGCGCACUCGGCAGGAUAACUUACGUGCUGAGGAGAAAUCGGAGCGACUCAGGUUGGAAGAGAUCCGCGCGGACGAGCGUGAGGCACAAACGCGCCGACUAGAAGGAAUCCGGGAGGAUGAGCGUCGGGCGGCCGAGAAGCGGGCCGAUGCAAUGGAGGUAGCGCGACGUGAUGAGAUGAUUCAGGCAAAAGAAGAGCGGGAGAUCCUCAGGGAACAGGCGAAGACGGAGCGGGCUCUAGCUGAACACCGGAUCAAUAUGGAGCGGGAGGCCGCCAAAGAGGCCGCCAUCCAGGCCGCUGAGGACCGCAAGCGCGAUCGGGAGGAGGCGAUCGAGCGGAAGGCUCAGGAGAAGAAGCGUGAGGAGGAGCGAGAGGAUAGGGCGGAGAAGCAACAGCAGUCGCGCCAGCUGUUCGAGUUGGCCAUGCUCAAGGCCAUGGCCCGAUCAUCCGUCAUUGUAACUUGA